AUAAAAAUGAAUAUGCAAAUCUUUGCGAAACCCCGAGGUUGAUUGGUGUCGUUGGGUGUUCUGGGACAGUGAUUGGUCACUGUAACAAUGACACAAAUCUGAGCUCACGUCUGCGUGACGCAAGUCACAGUUGUCUACAAAUUGAGGGCUCGCGCCUCUUCAUCAAUGAAAUAGUAAAGACAGCUGGGCUCUGCCACUAUACUGGAGACAAAACACCGAAACUUGAGUUACUCCCUGCCUCGUAUUAGUUGGAUUGCAUUUGUUAUUGAUUGUGAGUGUCACUUCAGCUGGGACUAGGAGCAGAAGUUUCAAAAACCGACUCAAAAUGAAAUACGUAAUAGGAAUUGGCGGUGUGACUAAUGGUGGGAAAACCACUUUGACGAAUAGGCUGAUCAAGUCACUACCUAACUGUUGUGUGGUUCAUCAAGAUGACUUUUUCAAGAAACCUGACCAGAUAGAAGUCGGGGAGGAUGGCUUUAGACAGUGGGAUGUGAUCACAGCAUUGGACAUGGAUGCCAUGGUGAACACGAUUCGAGGCUGGAGUGAGAACCCAGUGAAGUUUGCACACUCCCACGGUGUCAACGUGUCCCCUUCCACAGAGGUUGCCGACCCAGAUCAGCAGAUCCACAUUCUGAUUGUAGAGGGCUUCCUUCUGUACAACUACAAACCCCUGAUGGACGUGUAUAACAAGUGCUACUACAUCUCCAUUCCAUACGAAGAGUGCAAAAGGAGGAGAAGUACAAGACAAUACACCGUCCCUGACCCCCCGGGUCUGUUUGAAGGCCAUGUGUGGCCCAUGUACUUGAAGCACAGGAAUGAGAUGGUUGAGAGCGGUUUAGACAUCGCAUAUCUGGAUGGCUUGAAAUCAGAAGAAGGGAUCUACAGCCAGGUGUAUGAGGACAUCCAGAAUACACUGUUGAAUCGUUUAUAGCAGGAACUCCAUCUCCAAACCUGUAUAAACCUGUAAAUAGCAUCAAGACUGAAGAUUUUUUUUAAAAUUGAAGCAUUUUUUCUUAUUGUGUAAAUUAUAUUGAAGGUAUGUUAACUUAUGUUUGACAGAAUCAUUUCUGUUUGUUUUCUUAUCUAAUCUGUUAGUCCAUUGCUUGUGUUAAUCAAACCACUGCCUAGUAUCUGAGGGAGAGGGACAAACUGACCAUCUGUCAAUGAAAAUAUUUUUUGUAUGGAGGUCAAUGCGAAUUGCCAAGUUUCUACAUGAGGCUUAUUUGAUCAAAUAGAUUCAUGUUUACGUUUGUUACAAAGGAACUGAUAUGUGGAUUCACAUGGCAUUUUGAUAACUGAGGUACAAAUAAUUCUUUAUUGGAGUUGUGCCUCUGCCCUCUCAUGGUCUAGAAGGGUCCCACCUGAACUGGCCGCUUGCCUUCCAUAUUUGAGGAAAUGUAUUUCCUUUGUUAGAAUAGAGCGGUCACUUGACUAUUAUGAAUAUAUCACAUCUUUGUUAGUCUGUACUUGGCUUUGUUUUGGCAAGUAAAUUGUUUAAAAUGUGUUCAGAUUUCUCAAUGUUACUCCUGUGUCCUGUCUUUAUUUACAGUUCUGAACUUAAUUGUGGUACAUGGGGUAUGAGUAAAUAAAGUUUACAUACACCUUAACCAAA